UGGUGUUCUCACAGAAGCCGACCAACACAAUCCACACUCAAUUCAAAUGAAUGCCGUUCAACGGCAGCAGCAGCAGCAGCAGAGCCAAAACAAAUUACUCACGAAAUCCAUCUCUUCUCUUUGUGAUGGACUUGAUUUGUUUGUAUUUGUAUUUUUGACGCACAAGUUGAAACACGUCGUGCCGCGGCGGAGUGAAUAGAGAAUAAAAAAAUUAAAAAUUCAUAAUAAAAAUAAACGGAAAUUGAAUUGUAGUCGGAUAAAAUAAUAAUAUUUAGGAAAUCUUUGUGAAAGCUGUCAAAAAAAAGGAAAAAACAUAAAAACGCACAAAAGCCAAUGUGUUUAAAAUUAUUUUAACAACAAAAGCACCAUCACCUCAAAAUCAUCAGCUAUAGCCGCGAAGCAUGAAAAAUUUCCAAUAAAAUUCUGAAACGGAAAAAAGUAAUAACAACAAAACGACAAACAAAUUAAUAACAACAAAUAAAAUCGAAAUCAAAUGUUCGCCUUUGUGUGAAAUUUCAAGUGAGUGUCGCCUCUGUCUGUCAGUCAGUCUGAAUAUCUGAAAAAAAAAGAAGAAAAUAAUAAAUAAAACAGCCGUCUUGUCAACAAAGCACAAAAAUUGCGAUUAAAAUCUAUAGCGUCAAAUCUUCCAAAGCAAAAAAGUAUCCUCCAUUAGCUGAAACCAAAGCAAAACCGGCAUACAAUCUCAUAAUCUCUGAAAAUAGGCGUCUGAAACCUAAAAUAAAUUCCAGUGUUAAAAUUUUGUAAAAUAAAUUGGUGAAGCGAAACAAAUCUCAAUUUGCUACAAAGAAAAAAAAAAAUAAAGCAAAAAUAUUUUAGACCACAAAGUAUUAUAACAAUCAAUAAUUGUUUAUAUAUAUAUAAAAAAAGACAAUAUAUAUAUUUUUUGCUGUGUAAAAGAAACAAAUUGUGUGCCAAAAAAGAGAAAAAAAACAACAACUUUAAUUUAUAAUUAAAGCAACUAGCAACACGUAUAAGUAUAAAGAUAACAACUCUAUGUCUUCUAUUAAUAUAAUAAAAUAAUAAACCUAAGUACCAAAAAAAACCAACAUCAACAACAACAACAAGAAUCCAUUAUUAUAUACAGCACAAUAUUUGGAAAAAUAUUGUGUUCUGUUUUACACCAGAACAGAGCGUCGAGCGAAAGCCAGUCAGUUGGGAUUUUUUUUACACAUUCAUCUUUUAGCCGUUUAUUAACGUAAAGCCGUCAAACUGUGGGGCUCAGGGGCAUUUUUUCUUCCUCCCCAAGGAAUGUAUUAUCCGCACAUGGUGCAAGCUAGCGUUGCGCCCUAUCCUGGCGCACCGGCUGGCUAUCCACCAUCGGCGGCCCAAGUGCAGGCCUCAACAGAUGGCCUAUCAAUGGCUGUGACAUCGGUCAAGGCAGAUCCUCUAGCACAAAUGAAAAACGAUGCUGUAACAGCUGCGGCUGCCGCAGCAGCUGCUGCCGCCGGUAAUAAUACAGGUGCCAAUAAUACAAAUUCGGCUGCUACCACCACCGCUGCUGCUCAAAUGUAUUUGCAACAGAAAAAGAAUCCAAUGGCAAGUAAAGCGCCACCACAACAACAGCUACAACAACAGCAACAUGUCCAGCAGUUGCAACAGCAACAGUAUAUUAGUAAUGGUAUGGCUACAACCACAACACCAACAGCAUCAAUUUCUAAUGGUAGUGGUGGCAAUGGUACGGUUAAUGCUGUUGCUAACUCUAGAGCUGUAGUAUCCUUGGCGAAUGCAACAACAUCGAUAUUGGAAUUAAACGCCCUGCAGCAACAGCAGCAUCAGCAACAAAUACUCACAACAUCCCAACAUCAGUUGAUAUCCCAGGGUCCUGUGCUAAAUGGUAUGGCACUAACUAAUGACUGUGGUGCUGCUGCUGGUGGUGGUGGUGUGGUUAAUGGCGGCUUAACCUCGGCGGCAGCUAGUGAUAGUAAAAUACAACAACAACAACAACAAAAUUCCCAACUACAGCAUAAUUCGUCACCACAACAGUAUCAUCAAUCACACCUGCAGCAAAAUCAAAAUACCCAAUUUUUUCAGCAUCAUCAUCAACAGCUCCACCUACAGCAAACUCUGCCUUCCCGUCAUUUUCACCAAUGCCCGCAGCAACAGCAACAAAAUAAAUAUCUGCCACAGCAACAACCAACAAUCUCUCAGCCGAACAGUGUUAGCAUUUCAUCAGUAUUGAUUAAAACUGAAAAUGAUGGUCUCACACAAUCCGCCACCAGCAGUGCUGGAACUGCUGGCGGUAUAGUAACCUCAUCUUCCACUAUGUCUGCAACAUCCACCGCUUCCAAUUCAGCAGCUGCUGUGGCUGCCGCGGCCAAUGCUGCAAUGGCAGCUGCUGCCGCCGCCGCUGCUGCUUCUGCAACAACCUCAAGCCAAAGUCAAACCGUAAAUGGUUCUACAACACCGAAUAAUACAACAGCUACCGCUGGCGGUACGGUAACAGAGACCUCUAACAAUAACAAUAUUAACAACAACAGCAACAGCAGCAACACUAACAACAACAUCAACAAUACAAGUGGCAGCAGCAGCAGUAGUAAUACAACGAAUGGCAUUGCCUCUCCCAGUGGUGAGUUAUUAGCAUCGGCCCAACAACAACAACAGCAUAUGAUUGCCAUAAGCCAACAACAACAAAUGAUGACCUCUACCGGUGCCCCAAUUGCAGCCACUUCAGUUACAGCCACAUCAGCAGCUACCGGUCUAUUGCCAGCUGUCAUGUCAACACCCACAGGAUCCGGUUUGGUGCACAACACAUCAUCGCUGAUGGCCAGCGGUGGGGUGGCAAUGCCAUCGUCCAGUACCGCUCAGGUAAUAGCAAAUUUAAAUGCUGCCGCCGCAGCAGCAGCUGCUAUGCCCAAUGUAUCAUCGGCCGGUACAAAUCUUACAUCAGCUCUAGUCCCCUUCCAACAACAGCAGCAACAACAGCAACAAAACACCGUUACCACCGCCGCCGCCGCCGCCGCUGCACAAACAUCCACAGCUUUAAGCACAACAUCCACCGAUGCCAAAAAUACACCGAAACGUUUACAUGUCUCCAAUAUACCGUUCCGUUUUCGUGAUCCCGAUCUAAGAGCCAUGUUUGGGCAAUUUGGCGCUAUUUUGGAUGUGGAAAUUAUAUUCAAUGAACGCGGCAGUAAGGGAUUUGGUUUUGUCACCUUUGCAAAUAGUGCCGAUGCGGAAAGAGCACGCGAACGUCUUCAUGGUACAGUGGUUGAGGGUCGAAAAAUUGAGGUCAAUAAUGCAACAGCCCGAGUUCAAACUAAAAAAGUUACCACAGUUCCCAACGUUGUGCUGACCAAAGAUGGUGCCAUACCGGCUCCUGCUCUAGUUUGUGUCCAAUGGCCCGAAGCCGCUGUUGCCGCUGCUGCUAUGCGCGGUGUAGCCAUACAACGUGGACACGUCGGCAUGGUGGGUGCUCCCUUCAAUCCAGCCCUGGCUGCAGCAGUUGCCGCUCAACAACAGCAACAACGUCAAGCGGCUGCUGUUGCAGUUGCGGCUGCCCAGCAACAGCAUCUUGGUCUACAACAAGCCCUGCAACAGGCCCACCAUCAGCAAACUCAUCAACAGCCACAGGUUGCCGCAAAUGCUGCUGUGGCUGCUAAUGCUGCCGCAGCUGCUGCCGUCCUGCAGCCCAGUGCCCAACAGCAGUUACAGUCACUGGCCCAAACGGCCACGGCCGCACCAAAUCCCCAGCAAUCGGCAAUGGCCGCGUAUGCCGCACGUUUAGGUACAGCUCAACCGACCACACAACAACAGCAACAAUCGGCAGCUGCUGCCUCAAUGGCUGCAGCUGCAAAUGCUGCCGCAGCGGCUAAUGCUGCAGCAGCUGGUACCACACUGCAUGGAUAUGCACCUGUUUACUUUGAUCCAUACCUAGCAGCCGCUGCAGCAUCUGCUGAUCCCAAUUUACGUUUUCAGGCAGCCAAACCGGUCAACGAAGUUCCAGCAGCACAGCCAGCAGCAAUUAUAAAUCGCCGCACUGUGACAACGCUAAACAGUAACCACCCACAUACGAUCAACCGCAUACCGGUACCACAGAAUGUUUUGGCUGCUGCUCCUCUGUUAAAGACACCCUUGUCUCAGGCUCAACAGGCUUAUGCUACGGCCGCUACCACCUAUACAGCUGUGGCCGCAACUAGAGCAGCAUAUGGCGCUGCUGCUGCCGCUGCAGCUCAGCCAGCAUUGGCUGGUUAUGCCACCGUUGCGGGUUAUGCCCGAGAAUAUGCUGAUCCUUAUUUAGGACAUGGCAUUGGACCCGUGCCCGGAUAUGGGGCAACAAUGUAUCGCGGAGGAUUCAAUCGCUUUACACCAUAUUAAAUUCGAUGUGGAAAAUUACUGAAGAAUAUCCCAAAAAAUGCUCAACAACCUUUAAUUUGGUUGCAACACAAUGUUGAAAAAAAUAUUUUAUUAAAUAAUAUUAACAAAAAAAAAAAACAAAAUCAAAUGCUCAAACAAACAAGUUAAUAUGCCUCCAGAAAAUACUCAUGCAACAAAUAAAUGAUCACCCAAAGAAGAGACGUUACACUCAAAGCGAGGAGGACCCACAACAUCCAACAACCAAAUGGAAUAAAAGUGUUUUAAAGAAAAACAUUACCAAUUGCAACAGAAUAUUUAAACAGAACAAAAAGGAAAAAUUUACACUUUUAUUGAAAACAAAAAAUUGAAAAAGCAACAACCAAUCGAUUACUACACACCCACACACAAAACCACAAAGUAAUUUAUAAUAGAAACUAAAAAUAAAUAGCAUAACGAGAGUAGUUUUGUUCAAAUUCAAUGUCGUCCAGCAAAUAAAAUUUACAAAAAAUUUGUAGUAUUUAAAAAUAAUGAACAAACAAAAAAGAAAAGAAAUCACACAAAAAAUCAACAAAAUUAAUUAAGAAAAUUUAAUUAUAAAAAAAUAGAUUUAUACCAAAAACAAUCGAAAGAUGUAACACAACACACAUACACACAAAAUUUUAAGGGCUUCUAUUUUGUUGAUUAAGUAUAAGUAAAAAAUCUAAAUACAAACACUUCUUUAGAUAUCGAACCUUUGUCAGCUGCAGGUUUAAGAAAAUAAUACACAUUUUUUUCAAUUAUUCUGUUUAGCCAUAAUGGCCAGCCCUUUUCUUCGUUCACACAAAAUCUUUUGUGUUAACUAGAAUGAAAAGUGGCUAAGUGAAAUACAAAAUUGUUUCUAAAAAGUGCUGUGUUGAACAGUUUUUAAAUUAUAUAAUAAAAAAUCAACCUCAAAUUCAUGUUAAGAAAAAAUUAAGUCAGAUAAGAUUAAUAUUUUUUUUAAUUGUUUACAAUUAUUACAAAGAAAAUGGCAGCAUAAGCUUUUUUUAAUAUCAGGUAAAUUUAAUAGUAAUUUUUUAAUUUAAAAUUUUUUAAUGAAUAUAUUAUUUGUUUUUUUUUUCUCCUUCUUCGUUGCUUCCAAUUUUUUUCUUAAUUUUAGAUAAUUAAUAUAAUAAUUUAGAUAAUUUGAAGUUCAUCAAAAUUAAAUAUAAAUCUAGAGUGCAGCAUAACUAAAUUCCAUUAUGUAAGGUUAUAGAUAAAACGAUAAAUUAGGAUUGUUUCUCAAAAAAAAUGCACACAAAUCACAAAGUUUUAUUCCGACCAAACCGAAUUAAAUAUAUUGCAAUAUGUGAAAAGUCCAAAGAAUAUUAUACCAUUACAUUUUCGAAAUAUCGGUAACAUUUGGCGUGUUAAUUUACUUGAAGGCAUAAACCAGGCAAUUUUAAUAUUCAAGAGAUGUGAGCACUCUGGCAGCAAAAACGGAUCCCCCCUAUGGCGAUGUUUCACAAAAGUGGAACACAAUGUCAAAUGAAAACACUUCUAACAUUUGUAACUAGUUAUGCUGUACAUUUUUUCACGAAUUACUUCGAGAAAAUAAUUCACUUCCUUGCAAUUUUUAAAAUACUCCAAUUGAAAUUGAUCAGCCCGUAUUUCGUCUAAUCAACAAAUACUCAAUUCGUACGUAAAAAUACUCAUGGCAAAAGCUAAUUUGAUUUGAAAAUCAAAAACAGAAAAUACUCAGAAACAUAUUAAAUAUUUUUUCUUUAGUUAUAGGUCUUAUGAUAUGAUAUUUUACCAAUUGAGAAAUCUUCCGAAUUAUGCAGGUAACUUCUAAACAGUACUCAAGUAACUAUUCCCUUUCGUCAUGUGCCGUCAACAUCACCCAGUUACUUUUGUUUGCAAGUUAUUUAAGUUUUCGGGAAUAUAUAUUAUUGGGCUCCCAAUGAUUUUCAAAAACACUGCCUGCAAUUGAAGGAAGUUUAAAUUUAAUUUCAUUUAAAUUAGAGUUAUCGUAUUUUAACGAUCCAAACGAGUUUUAAUCUCGCAUACAGUCAUAUAAAUAUUUUAAGCCUUUCUUUUAUAUUCUUCGUUUUUUGGUUCCUUUUUACAAUUUUAGAAUUUUUAGUUAUUGUUAUUUUUAUUAUUGGCAGCUACAUUUAUUACUUCAUCACCUACUUUUAGCUUAAACAAAAAUAAUUCAUAAAAAAAAAAUUAAAACCAACAUAAAAUUAAAAAUUAGUGAAAAACGUAGACAUAUCCUUGAUAUAUACAAUAAAAAUUUAUAUAAAUGCAAAAAAAAAAAACAAAUAUUAAAACAUUUGAAAGUACUAAAAUAGUUAAGCUAUUUCAUAUUUCAUUUAUGUAUUGUUUUCCUUUUUGUAAAGAAAAACAAACAAAAAAUAUGAACAUUUUUCCAAACAAAGCAACAAGAAUUUAUUCAAAAAGCAAUCUACUAUAUUUUUUAAAAACAAAUGAAAAUACUCUACACAUUUUCGCAUUGUAAAAUCUAUUUUCAAACAACUCUCUAAUUACUUCUUUCCUUAAAAAAAAAUAAAAACAAAACCGAAAAUUUAGGGCGCAUUAUUGUAUGAGUGUGUUCAAGAUGCAAAGAGUAAUAAUAAUAUUAUUUAACAUGAGACAGCUACUUUAAAAAUUAUUUACAAAAUAAAACUAUUGUGAAAAUCUUAAAAACAAGAACUAAAUUAAAGCACACACAAAUGCUCAAAUUAUUAUUAAAAAUAAAAUAAGAACAAAAAAAGCCAUAAAUAUUAUAAAUAUAUAUAUUCUUUAGCUGUUAAGAAAGUAAACAUUAUUAUAUCCCUCAACAAUUAACUCUCUUUCCGCUCCCUUUGAAAGCAACAAAAAACAACAACACAAAUAUUUCUCUAAAUGUGUUUAUUUUUUUCUAUUUUAAAUGUUUGAAUGUACUAAAAAUAAAAACUUAAAUGUUUUAUUGUGCAAUUGUUUACUGUGUACAUACAAAAAUUAAAAACAAAACACACACACACACAUUUAAAUUGAGACAAAACUAACGUGAAUCAAUCUUUGAAUUAAAAAAAAAAACAAAAAAACAUAUUGAUCUUCCCUAAAAUACUUGAUGUUUACAAUGUAAUUCCUUAUUUUUGUUAAAUGAUAAAAUUGCUGAAUUUACAAAACUAAACAAUUGUUGUUCUGUAAAAACACUUUAAUUUCCUUGGACACAAAACACCAGAGAAGGACCCAACAUGAUGAAAAUUAUAACACUUGGAAUAAAAUAUGAUAUGACAGCUAAUGCAAAAUGUUGGCCAGGGGAUACGAAACAUUUUUGACUUCUUAGUCAGUCAGUCAGAAUCCAAAAAUGUUUAAAUGUUUUGCCAAGGGGAUACAGCAUUUGCUUGUGUUAUUGGUGUUUCAGGACUCGAUUUUUGGUAUAUCCCAUAAACUUAAAGUUGGAGUAUUUUAUUUUUCUCCUUUUUAUAUCAAA